UAAUUCUAGUAUGGAUGACAAAAUUAGAAAAAUUAAUAAGGAAUUAGCGAGCAAAAAACCAAGCAGGGGUGGUGGUAAUCCUCAUCCAUGGCGUCGCCAUAAGAAACAAUAUGAUAGUGCCGCCAGCUCUGCCAUUAAUAAGCACGCCCUUUUUUAUGGUCCGCCGGGCACUGGUAAAAGCCAUUUAGCCCGAAUCUUUGCUGAAAAUGAAUCUUGUGGUUUUUGUUUUGUUAGUUUUGAAACUGAGACCUAUGUGGGUUCAGGAGUUACCAAAGGAACUGACCAAGGAAAAAUUAAACCAAUAGCAAUUAUCAUUGAUGAAUUGGACUCAGUAGGAGUUAAAGACCCUAGUGGCAGCAACACUUCCGCUAAUGAUGAGGUUAAUGCCAUUUUAAAAAUGUUCGACGAGAUAAACCGUGAGAACCUAAAUAUUGUUGUUGUUGGUAUAACUAAUUAUCCUUCUAUGCUGGACGGAGCUUUGACCCGACCUGGGCGUUUAGGGCGACAAAUUAAAAUCCCUUAUCCCCAAGGUGAUGAGGCUAGCCAGUUUGCCAAAGAAAUAGCCCAAGAAUACAAGAGUCACGAAGUAGGAUUUGCGUUUCCGGAUUUAGAGCAAGCUCUUGAAACUUCAUUAGCUAUCAAAGCCAAAGCGGGAGGAGAAAAAAUUAUUCCUGAUAAAGUACUAACUCAAUGUAGUGCGGGAAGUCUUGCUUAUCGAGGCGCUAAAAAAGCUACCUCUUAUGUCGCCCAAAAAAUUGCCACAGAAAUUGUUAGAAAAACUGUCGAAUACGGAAUAUUUAGUAUCAUAUUACAAGUAAAAGGUAUUGGGAAAGGCCGGGAUGCGGUAAUAAAAGAGUUUCUAAAAAAAGACUCUUUAAAAGUGGAAGAGUUAAUUGAUAAAACCCCACUGCCUUUUAAUGGCACACGUGUCGAUAAUUAUUUUGACAAAGUAUUUGACUUAGUGGUAAUUAACGCCAGUGUUAUUACUAUUGGUAUUUUUACUAUUAGUGCGCUAGCUGGUCUAGCCCCCGUGCCAAAAAACGAGGAAAUUAUUAAGCCACUUAUCCCCAUCAAUCACCUAGAAGGCCACAUUUAUGCUAGGGAAACCUUGGAUGAUGCGAUUGGUGAGUGCUUAGAUAAAGCGGCGAUUUUAUUAGGCUAUAAUUAUCCCGGUGGUCCUCUUAUCGAAAAGUUGGCGUUGUCAGGAAAAAAUACUUAUCAAUUACCAUUUCCCAAAAACGAUAAAAGUUGCGAUUUUAGUUUUAGUGGUUUAAAAAGUAAAAUCAGUCGCUUAGUAAAUAAAGAAGAAGAUGUGAAGAUUGAAGUCGAAGAAAAUAUUGUCAAAGUCAGCGGCGAAAGAAAAGAAGAAAAAAAACAAGAUGAUGCUAAACAACAUUAUUCGGAAAUUUUUUACGGAAAAUUUUAUCGAGAGUUUGUUCUCCCAACCCUGGUUAAAAAAAAAGAAGUUAAAGCUCGUUAUGAAAAUGGAGUAUUGACUAUAACUGCUCCCAAGGCUCCUCAAAGCCAAGACCAUCAAGUUAAUAUUGA